AUGAGUACGAGCAAGCUGAAUAUUGAGGGCGUCAUGCUCUUCGAGCAGCCCUUCGCAAGGGUGCCCUACGAGAACUAUCGCAAGGUAUUCCGUGCCUCGCAGCGGAAUGUAGAGAAGGAGUUAGGCGCAGUGCAGAGUGCUGCAAAUGACCUCGCCAAACGGUCCAAGGCUCGCAAUAACAGCACAGAGGAUUCGAUAAAGGCCGUUGACAGCAUGAUCACACGAGUGGAGAAUUUGAAGCGCAAACUAUCAGAGCUUCAGAGCUCAGCCGGGACGCCAACGUUAGGCGUAAUGCGCGAAAGGCUGCAGCACCUCGCUGCAGUUGAGGAUAUUCCCUCGGUCAACGAGCCGGAAUUUACACGGUGGGCGGACACCCGCCUAGACAGGUGGUUGGUUGACUGGGCCCUGCGUACCGGCAAGGAGAAGACAGCAAGAAUGAUCGCAGAAGAUCGUGGCAUUGAGAGAUUGGUCGACAUUGACUUGUUCUCAGACGUGUGCCGCAUCGAAGAAGGCCUGAAGCGGCAGAGCUGUUCGGAGGCAUUGGCGUGGUGCAGCGAGAACAAGUCGUCCCUUAGGAAGCUGAAGGAAUACAUCGAGCUGGCCCGUGCACGAAAGAACGAAGAUGCGAUUGCAUAUUCGAAGAAACAUCUUCUGCCGUGGCAGGAGACCCACCUCGCGCAAAUACGCCAGGCCGCCGCACUCCUUUGUUUCCCGCCAACGACAACCUGUGGCCCGUAUAAGCGACUGUACGAUCCCGCGCGGUGGACGACGCUGGUGCAAUCUUUCCGUCUUGCGGUAUACAAUUUGAGCACGCUUCCUACGGAGCCUUUACUGCAUCUUGCCGUAUAUGCAGGCCUAGCUUCACUCAAGCUCCCGGCAUGCUACGACCGGCACACAAAGAAUACCAAUUGUCCCGUGUGUGAUCCAAACCUAGGCGAACUCGCCAAGGAGGUGCCAUAUAGUCAUCACGUGAACUCGACCAUCGUUUGUCGACUGAGCGGCAAGAUCAUGGACGCAGAUAACAUGCCUAUGGCAUUCCCAAACGGAUAUGUUUACUCAAAGGAGGCUUUGGAGGAGAUGGCGCUAAGAGACGACGGAUACGUAACGUGCCCUCGGACGGGCGACCGCUGCCUCUUUUCAGAGCUACGCAAGGUCUUCAUUUCCUAA